AUGGUCUUCCGCCGGACUUCGUCCUGCGUCCUUCGUCCUCGAUCCAUAUUCUAUCCGCCGUUUUCUGUCAGCCGUCAUCAGUCCGUGUCCGGUGUCGCCAGUCCCUCGUUUGUCCGUCUGUCCAUCGGUUUGUCGGGGGAUACUUUGUUCUCCCUGACAUCAAAGACGGCAACAACGGCGGCCAGAAUUUUCUCACGUUUGGAUAGUGUCGAGGAGGUGCAACGCGGUCGCAGUGGCAGCGCUGUGGGAAUAACGCCGCCGGGCGGACCUGGAGCGGGAGUGGGAGUGGGUGGAGUGGGAGGAUCAGGAUUAGGUGGCCAGCAGCAGCAGCAGUUCGUCGGAGUGGGCGGUGGUGGCGUCGGCGUGGCGGGAGCAGGAGCGGCUGCUGUGGGAGGCGUGGCAGGUGCGGGAGCGGUACGACAGCGGAGCGCCAGCACGGUGCUGGACAUUAAUUUGCCGCAGCGCAAGGUGUCCGUGGGCGGCGGUGGCAUUGGCAUUGGCUUGGCCGGACCUCCAUCUCCAGUUAUACGGAAUGGUUUUAGUGUCUAUGAUCCGCCGGUGUCAGUGAUUUCCAGUCGCCACUCGAACUUUAAUGGCCAGGGCGGUGUGGGUGGUGGCGGGGCAUUAACAGCUGGACCAGCGCAGCAGGUGGGCCACUCAUCGCAUCAUCAUCAUCAUCAGCAGCAGCAGCAUCACAGGCGCCAGGAGGUGGAGCAGGAGGAGGGGCAUCCGGAUUAG